AGAGGAGGGUUUUAUUGCUGUGAGCUGGUCUCAGUGUUGGUGUGAUGUCAGUGAGCAGCAGGAUGGAGGAAUCGUCUCUGCUGUGUCUGCUCUUUCUGAUCUCACUGCUGAGCUGCAGCACAAACCAAGCUCGUCUGACUGUGAGUCCCAGCAGAUCUCAGUUUUUUAAAGGAGGCUUUGUGUCUCUGAGCUGUGAGGAGGACGACAGCUCUGCUGGAUGGACUCUGAGGAGAAACACAAGCAAACAGCAGAGGACUCAGUGUGGAGAUGGGUGGGGAGAAGAAGCUGGUUCUUUCUGUAACAUCAGCUACACCGACCCACUGGACAGUGGAGUUUACUGGUGUGAGUCCAGAGAGGGUGCCAUCAGUAACAUGGUUAACCUCACAGUCUCUGGUGGAUCAGUGAUCCUGCAGAGUCCUGUCCUCCCUGUGAUGGAGGGAGAUGACGUCACUCUGCUCUGUCAAACAAAGACCACUCCCUCCAACCUCCCAGCUGCUUUCUAUAAAGAUGGCGUCUUCAUUGGGAAAGAGGCUACAGGUCACAUGACCAUCCGGCAUGUUUCCAGGUCUGAUGAAGGCCUCUACAAGUGUGACAUCAGCGGUCAUGGAGAGUCUCCAUCCAGCUGGAUCACUGUCACAGGUAAACCUACAACCACAGCACCACCUGGCACCACUGCUCUGUCCACCACCUCAUCUUUGCCCCCUGAUUCCUCCGUCCUCCAACUUGUGAUCAGACUGCUCAUCCAUCUGGUGGUGUUCUGUCCAUAUUUCAUCUCCACUCUCCUGAUGGUGUCUUUAUAUCGACACAGAGCCUCAGGAAAUGACCUUUGUGCCUCAAUCCCACCCACUCAGCCUGAGCAGGGAUGGGAUAUGGAUGAGGAGUAUGAUGAUGUCACCACAGAGCAUCACUUCUGAAUCAGAGCUCUACUGUGUCUCUGUGGGUCUCACUAACUUUGUCCCCUCCACCUCUGUUGAACAAAUGGACUCUGAUCUUCAUCUCUGGAUAUUUUUGUGUAGAUAAACAGCAAAUAUUCCUGCUCAGAGAAUGAUGUCCAUCAUGAACUGUGUGUACACCACUGCAGCUACAGAUAAGAUAUUGGAAGUCAUGCUAAAUCCUGUUUUAUUUAGCCAUGUUUUGUUUGCACCUCCUUACUGAUCAGCUGAUUUAAGUCAUUGGACUCCCACUGCUAAUGAACUGAAUUCAAACUACCAAGCGGCUGCUUCCUCAGCCUCUCACUCGUAGAUACUGACAUCUGUGUUUUGGUGUCUGAUGAACUGCAAAUAUAUGAACAUGUGAGUCCCACUGGACUUCUGGAUCAUU